UGUUUCCAAGCCACCCUCGUUGACAUCGGAAAAGAAAGAGAGAGAGAGAGAUUUGACAAUGGAGUUCCCGCCAAAAGGACGCGUCGCUCGCUAAGAAGAAUGAGAAAUAGUUAAGGAGCUGGCAAGGCCACCUCCUUUCCAGGACACUCUCAACCGUCUCUUUCCCCUCUCAUUCUGUUCAUCCACAGACACAAGAUAGGGAGAGACUCUCUCUCUCUCUAACCCAUUUCUCUCUCCUCCUCUUUCCGUGGGGGAUCCGGUUCGAUCACUCGCUCCUCCUCCUCCUCCUCCUCUCUUGCGAAGGGGAUGAAUCUGGAAUCUCCAUCAUUGGCCUUCCUUUUUCUGUGAGUGAUUGGAUCCGAUCGCCGAGGAGAGGUGAAUAGGAGGCAACCCGGACGACCGAACGAUGAACGACAAGGCAUUGGUCACCAAGGAAGUCCACGCCAGGCACACCAAGAUACUCGAAGGUCUUCUCAAACUUCCGGAAAAUAGGGAGUGCGCAGAUUGCCAGAGCAAGGCUCCUCGAUGGGCAAGUGUGAAUCUAGGAAUUUUCAUAUGCAUGCAAUGUUCUGGGAUCCAUCGGAGUCUUGGAGUACAUAUUUCAAAGGUUAGAUCGACUACCUUGGAUACAUGGCUACCAGAACAGGUUGCUUUUAUGCAGUGUAUGGGAAACAAGAGGUCCAACAAUUACUGGGAAGCAGAACUUCCACCAGAUUAUGACAGAAGUGAGAUUCAGAAAUUCAUUCAUAUCAAGUACGAGGAGAAAAGAUGGGUUGCAAAAGAUGCAACUCAGCCAGGUUUUGAAGACAUCAAUGUGUGCUAUGUCGCCAAUGAGCCUGUAGAAGGUGGAUCAAAAGCUUGCAUACCAAAGAAGAUGAGAAACUUUUCUCUGGAAGAAGAGAUUCUCACAUCACACGUGGCACCAGCAGCUCCACCUCCAACACGACACCGAGGGUUUUCAUUAGAUAUGGAAGACGAUGGAACGGCCAAGUUACCCCCGAUGAGCGAGUCUAACGCAUCCAAAAAACCGAUUGACGGGAAAGUGGAUCUCUUCAGCCUGCUCUACUCUCGUGAUUCAUUACAAGACCAUAGUUCCAAAACUCCUUCAAGCUGGGCAAAAUUUGAAUGAGCAUAACCUUUAACAGGGUAGUGCAGUUGUCCAUGUAGAAAUUCAAAGGACUAUCAAUCGGACAAGGGACACAUUUUCUCCAGAUGCAGGAUUGCUGUUUAAAUACAAAAUUGUCAUGCCGGACUUUGGCUAACAAGAUGGAUCCUCCAUUAUGUUCCUUUAUGUACAGCUCCUUCUCGACGACAGGUACUUCAAAGAAAAGAUGAUGUCUCACUUGCUGACGACUCGGGAUUGA